AUGUAUGUGAAAUGGUUUGAUACAGUAAUGUCUUACUAUGUGAUUUUAGUGUAUUCAGUGAAUGUCACUUUUUGUCAUUUUCAAAUUUCACGCCGGUUCCGGCCCAAAUAUGUUCUGACGCUCGCAGGGGACGGAACCCAGAAGACAGAUGCCGGUAUCCGCCGGAGGACAUUACAGGGGACACUGCAGGGGGGACAUCGCGGGAGCGCAGGACAAGGUAAGUAAAGAAGUGAUCCUGGAGCAGCACCGCAUGGUAAGCCAAAGUGUAGCUCGGGGUUACCGCUUGUGCUACACUCGGGAAUACCGCCAGGGAGGCUAC